CUCCGCCAUGUGAAGUACACACACACACACAGACUCUCAGUCUACCGGACCUUUUGGCUCGGUGGUGUGUGUUCCUGUUUGCGCGCGUGUAUGUAUGUGUGUGUGUGUGAGAGAGAGAGUAUGUGUGUGUUGAAAUUGGGCUGUUGAUGAUAAAGUGAGUCGCAGAGAAAACAAGAAAUCGUCCGCAGGAAACCGGCACUGAUGUGGAAGUCUCGACCCGGACUGGAUCUUCGUCUUCGGGGUGCACGACUUCCCGUGUCCGUCGGUGCUCGCGCUGGACAUCAGAUGACUACAUUCUGAAAAGUCGACCAGCGCUGUAAUAACAUCAUGGCUGCCUCUUCUCCCUCCUGUACUCUCCGGCUCCUUCUCCUGAUCUCGUCCCUGGGUGGGCUCGUCACGCCAGGUUCUGCAUUUCUUUCAGACUGGAGCCGCUGGACAUCAUCAGCUCCUCUGGAGCCUCAUUUCACUGGGUGUGUAUCAAGGGACCAGGAGACGUUUCGUUGUUGGUGGAGUCCGGGGGUCUUCCACAACCUGUCCUCUCCUGGAGACCUCCGAGUCUUCUACCUGAAGAAAGAGUCUGUACACAGUGAGUGGAAAGAGUGUCCACAUUAUGUCUAUUCAAACAGAGAGUGCUUCUUCGAUGCAAAUGACACGUCCAUUUGGAUCACCUACUGCAUGCAGCUGCGCAGCCAAAACGUCACCUUCUAUAAUGAAGAUGAUUGUUUUACUGUGGAAAAUAUAGUGCGCCCCGACCCCCCAGUCUCUCUCAACUGGACCCUCCUGAACAUGAGUCCCUCUGGUGUAAGUUAUGAUGUCAUGGUCAAAUGGAAGCCCCCGCCCAAUGCAGAUGUCGCCAUGGGCUGGAUGCGCGUUGAGUACGAAAUCCAGUACCGGGAGACAAAUGGAACGCACUGGGAAGCACUGGAGAUGCAGCCACACAAUCAGCAGACAAUCUUUGGUCUGCUCAUUGAAAAAGAGUAUGAAGUGCACAUCCGCUGCAGGAUGCUGGGUUUCUCCAAAUUCGGAGAGUUCAGCGACUCCGUCUUCAUCCAAGUCAGCGAGGUUCCAAGCAGAGAGACCACUUAUGCAUUCACCAUCGUCGUCGUUUUCGGGAUUGUGGGCGUCCUCGUUCUCAUCAUGCUCAUUGUUGUCUCUCAGCAGCACAGAUUCAUGAUGAUUCUGCUGCCACCAGUUCCUGCACCGAAAAUUAAGGGCAUCGAUUCGGAGAUGUUGAAGAAUGGGAAGCUGGAUGAGCUGAAUUUGAUCCUGAGCGGUGGCUUGUCCACUUAUGCGCCAGAUUUCUACCAAGACGAGCCAUGGGUGGAGUUCAUAGAGGUGGAUGCCGAGGAUGCAGACACUGGGGAGAAAGAGGACCACCAGGGCUCAGACACACAGAGACUUCUUGGUCUGCCUCAGCCUGCGAGCCAAGGAUUUACCAACACCAUUAGCUUUCCUGACGAUGACUCAGGCAGGGCCAGUUGUUAUGAUCCAGAUCUGCUCGAACAAGACACCUUAAUUCCGAUGGCCACGCUGCGGCCAGGCCCACCUGAGGACAGAGAAGCUUCGCUCAGUGAUGUAGAAGCUCAGAAGUCAGAGAAGAAAGACAUGGCCCUCGCCCAAACCCAGAACGCAGGGCCCCAAACCUGGGUCAACACAGACUUCUAUGCCCAGGUCAGCAAUGUUAUGCCCUCUGGAGGUGUGGUGCUGUCUCCUGGCCAACAGCUCAGAAGCCAGGAGGGCGCAUCGGCCAUGCAGGAGGAAACGCAGAAAAAGGGAAAAGACAGCAAAGCAGGCGACGAGACAGAGGAAAAGAAGCAGAAAGAGCAGCAGUUCGAGCUGCUGGUUGUGGAUCCUGAUGGAAGCGGUUAUAUCACAGAGAGCAAUGCCCAGCAGAGCAGCACUCCCAUUAUCUCCCAAAUACCUGGUGAGGGUCACCAAACCCUACGGCCUCAACCAGUGGAGACCAAACCUGCAGCUGCAGCUGAGGAUAACCAAUCCCCUUACAUUGUUUCUGACUCUCCCUUCACCCAGUUCAGCGCUCCUGUUUCAGACUACACAGUAGUACAGGAGGUGGAUACUCAGCAUAGUCUGCUUCUCAACCCGCCUUCCCGCCAGUCUCCCCCUCCCUGCCUGCCACAGCACCCCCUCAAAUCCCUACCCGCCAUGCCUGUAGGGUACGUCACCCCAGACCUGCUGGGGAACCUGUCACCGUGAAAAGACCGAUGCCGUUUUGAUCUGUUGGUGCAAGUUGUGUUAACCAGGAAGCCCACUGCACUCACAAAAAGCCUGUUGCUUCUUAAUUCGUGCUGGAAAACCAAAUAACGCGACCGUGUGGGUUGAGAUUGUACAGGUGACUGUCGAGAGGGGGCGUCGAAAGGGAGACGUGCUGAGGCGCGCCGCGUCGCUGACUCUUGCACACAGUCUACAUCCAUACAUUUCACACAGAGGCUACCAAAAAGUGCACGUUUUAAAAUCAAAUACGCAGUUUCCUCACACACAUAAAUGGUAGAGACUGUGACUGUGACUGUAAUGAGUCCAAAAAGGCAUUAGCUCUCCGCUAAUGUCCUUGGAUAGUAUUACAUGUCAGUGUAAAUGUGUAAAGAGCAGCAUAAGUCGGUGACACGUCAGUGCGCGAUUGAUCGGGAGGAGAAAAAGCACAUCGCUAUAACGUGAAGAUUUCAUUGCUGUCGUUGAUUUUGUUUUGCUGGCAGAGAUGCUUUACUCUAAAUUGUGGCUUAUUUUAUAUAUUCUUAUACUUCUUAUUUCAUCUUAUUAGUACUUAACCAGAGAUAUAUUUUUAUAUGAAAAGGCAUUAAGACAAAGGAUAAAUCUGCCCCCCCCGAAACACAGCUGAAAACACAACUAUGCAGUUUAACUUCGCAUUCCGGCCUCCAUUUUUGUUUGGCGCUGUGUUUGUUUCUCAACUGAUGUUGAUUUUAACAUGCGGUAAGAAUGUAACACACAGACAUGGAUUACCAUGACAACAAAUGCCAUCAACAAAUAAUGUACUAUUAUCGUUACGUCACUCUUUGAAGGCAUUCUGGAAAGUGAAAAACUACUGAAACGAAAAUUGAGGCGAUACAUAAAAGGGAAAUUACAACAUUUUAUCUACGCAUCCCAACAUGGAAUUCAUUUUUUUUGCGGCCACUGUUUUGUUGUUUAGAUUUUAUUUUGCUUUGUAGACCGUACUGUAAACAUGCAUCACUUUCAGCGGCCAACACCUAUCUUUGUUGUAGCACGUGUGUUUAUUCAAAUUCAGCCACAGUUGGGAGCUGCGCAACACAAAUAGUGUGUAGAACACUGAGCAUCACUAAGUGCUUUACGCUGACAUAAUUCUUUUUCCAUUACAUCCCAAAAUGGCACCCAACCGACUUACUUUUUUUUUUUUUUUUUUUUUAAACCAGCACUCAGUCAUAAUCUAUUGCUUAAAGUGAAACCUCAACAAGCUUUCUUCUCGGGAGUUUAAUGCCUCUUGUGUUGCGUGGCUAUCGCAGGGACAGCAACUGGAGCAAGUUGAAAGACUGUGAAAGUAUGUAAUAGAUCUAAUAAGCUAACAUUUUAUACAUAUUAUCUGUCAAGUGCGCCGUGUCAGUGACCUAUGCCAUGUACAGUAUGUGCCGAGGUAUGCUUACGUAAGCUACAUUUGUGCAUUAAAUCCUGCUAUGUAGGUGAAGCUGCAUCCGUGUACAGGACACGUAAAGCCUGUGCGUGGCACUCACACAGAGACAUGCAUGUACAAACACACAUGUUUGCCUUAAUUGACUGAUUUGAUUUUGCCUUUCUGACAUGGCCACAAACAUUUUAAUCAGCCCAUUGAUAGCUCAGCUUAUGGCAAAGGAGACCUUUUGUAAAGGUCUUGGGCACUUGCGAAACCUGUUUUUAAAUCUAUGAAUCCUGUCAUCAAGACUUUUGACAAUAUGCCUGUGACAAACACAGCAGCGUAGCACACUGCACACAAUAAAUAAGCUAAGUAAAUCAAGGUUGUGCCAUAUGCUGUCGGGUAUGCGCUGCGACACAAUUGAUUUUCACGGGGAAAGUUGGGAGAUGAGCACAUAAGCAAACCUCACAUCCUUGAGAGAGCGCGCUCGAGUGGCUCAAAUGGAAAUGGACUUUUGUAUUUGAGCAACUCCCGUCAUGAAGAGAGACAAAGCAAGAGCCAUAGACUAACAACCAGAAAAAGAAAAUGUGAAUAUGAUGAAUAUGAUGAAUGUGUGCCAUUUUUCCUCUUUCUCACCCUCUCUCUUUUGAAGAGCCCAGUGUUUUGUUGUUGUUGUUGUUGUUGUUGUUGCUGCUGUCUUGUGCCGAUGAUAUAGCGGCAUGUCAUUGCUGUUGCGGAAAUGUCUUAAUAUAUUUACCAGUGCUGUAAAAAAAAUACAUGUAUAUAUUUUUAUGUCACUAAUCACAAUGUAUUGCUGCCUGGUACAUGUAUUUUCCUAGCAUUAAAGGAAUACUUCACCACUUUGUAUUUAGCUUUGUGUUACUAGAACAGGGCUAGUAUUUGUGAGUUUCCCCUGAGUCGAGAAAUAUCUUCAUUCUUUUCUUUGUUACGUGCCACUUGGUCCUGUUAGCGUAGCUGUUAGCAAAGAUGGCGGACACUGUUUACAUUCUGGGAAAGAGGUCCCGCCCCCCCUACCAGUGGCUCUAAAAAGUGCGGAAUUAGCGUUGCAGUUUCAAGGCUCGGACCAAGUGUCACUGGUGGACACAUAACAAAGAAAAGAAUGAAGAUGUUUCGAGGUUGGGAUGCACAAUACAAUUUUUCAAAAAUACCAGCCCUGUUCUAGUAAUACAAAGCAAAAUGCAAAUCGGUGAAGUAUUCCUUUAACAUUCGCUGCGGUAGGAAGGGGUCAUUAAAUGUGUAAGUGUAAAUACAGAGGUCGGAUCAGAUGACACCAAUUUUCUUUUUUUUUCUUUUUUUUGAAAAUAUUUGAAAUGACAAGUUAUAAUUGGGUCCAGCCGUUUAUUCAGUUGUCACUAGAAUCGAUCAGCGGGACAGUUUUUCAGUGUCCCACAGAAUCAUGAUGGCUCUGGUAAUGAUGAUCAUGACAAAGCUCUCUGUGUAUAUGAAGGACGAUCAGACGAUGGAUAAAGCUGAAUGCCCCCCCCCCAAAAAAAGUACCUUGAUGAUACUAAAUGUGUCCAGACUGGAACGAGUGAUGCUGUAAAAAAAAAAGAAAAAAGUGGAAAAAUAAUUCCUGAAAGGUAGUAGGUAGUUUUUUUUGUUUACAGUUGUUACUGUAAGGCAAUGAAAGAAGUGCUUUUUCAUACUGGUGUUUACUACUUUGUGCCUGUGAUUUGUUUCUUAACAUAGUGCCAAACAUUUGUAAUGAUAAGCUCAAGCUUAUACGUUUUGCAGACACUUUAGAGCGAGCACUUUUUUUUUUCUUUUUCUUUACACAGAUAUUAUGCUAACAUAAAUAGUAUUCAGAUUUCUACGAAUUACCAGUUGUUAUGAAAGAGCAUUAUAUUUUUUCAUUCCAGUUCAAAGCGAUUGAUGAGAAUAUCGGUAAGAUUCAGUUUUGUUCCACAGAGGUAUGUUUAUAGGACAUAUUUUACACUACCAGAUGUAUAGGAUGGUGUACUGUAAUGGAGUAUUUAAUAUUUGCUAUAAGAUUUAUAGAUAUAUAUAGAGAAAGCAGAUAUAUUCUUUGAGUGGAAAAAAAACCGAAAGGUUCUACUGUAACUCAAUACUCUAAAAUGUCUCCUGCUAUUUGAUUUCAUUUCAGCAUUUCAUUCUUACUGUGGCUUUAGGUGGGGCUGCAGUGUGUUUUAGAACGAUGUAUUUUGACCUCCAGCAUCUUGGUUUUGUGUCAAUAAAAGGGAGGCGUCCGUCACUGUUAAGCCUGGGAAUAAUUAUGAAAGCUGGAAUUUAUACUGGUUGUUAAUUCUCCUUGUCAACGUGAAUUCUUGCAGAUGUAUCAGCUUGUUGGGGAAUUUUGUAUUAUUUUUUUUGACUUGAGUACUGCAGUUACAUACCUGUUGUUUUUGUUUAUUCAAUAAGUUCAGUGGCUCCGGUCGUCUGUGUCUCAUUCGUUUGCUCAGAGCCUUAAAAUCGUCCCACGUGAUGCAGCAUGACCGACGUGUGCUCACAGAACUAGAAAUCGUCUACACGGCAGAAAUGGAAGCAGUUAUGUACGUUAAAUGCUCUGUAUUUACAUUGUGCUUUUUCUUGCCUUGAUGACAACUUUAAGCUGCUUUCACUCACGCGUUCAUAAAGCGCAUGUGUGUGUCCUCCUGUCGUACAUCAUUUAUCAUACUCGCUCAACGAUCAGGAGAAACAUGUCCAAGGACACAUCGGCGUGUACCAUAUAGACGAACCCACAACCUUCCAGUUGAAAGACGACUCUCUCUCUGCCACUGAGCUACUGUCGCCUCAGUUGUAUCUGUGUUGUGAGAAAAAAACAAACUAAAGUGCUAAUGUUUUAUCUGUUUGCGUUGGUUAAUCAAUAUGAUCAGUGGGAUAUGUUCAUACCUGCCUGAGUUUGGAUCCACUGACCUUGUCGUUUUGCUGUUUGUUGUACUCAAGGCCAAAAACUGUUGAAUCUCUGAUGAUUUGCUAUUGUUCUCUCACCAGUUGAGCCUCUCUGAUGUUGUCCGUGUGAUCAAUAAGCUCUCAGCAACCUUACACAAUAAAUGUAUAAACUGCAA